AUGGAAAAAGAACAAGAAAACGAAAGAGAACUCGUCCUCUGCUUCGACGGCACAGGAAACACCUUCCGUGCCGACGGAGGUGAAAGCAACAUCCUCAAGAUCUUCCGUCUCCUUGACCGAACGAAGGAGAAUCGCUACUGUUACUAUCAGCCCGGCAUCGGCACCGAAAUCUCCCCCAGCAGCCUCGCAAGCCUUGCCCUCCGCCCAACCACGAAACUCAACACCCAGAAAGCCCUCGACCUCGCCCUCGCAACCUCCUUCAACAAACAUGUCAUCGGCGGAUACCGGUUCCUCGCGCGCCGAUGGAAACCAGGCUCGAAAAUCUACCUCUUCGGCUUCUCACGGGGCGCGUAUACAGCGCGUUUCCUGAACGAGAUGCUCGAUUAUGUCGGGUUGAUUAGUGCCGAUAAUGAAGAGUUGAUUCCGUUCGUCUGGGAGGCGUUUACGGAUUGGAAGUUUGCGCCGCAGUCGCAUAGGAGACGGCAUCGGGCGUAUGAGAUUUUGCGGAUUAGUAGGGAGACGAUGUGUCGGCCGAUCGACAGAGUUUAUUUCCUCGGUUUAUUCGACACAGUCAACAGCGUCGCUGAGUUUGAGAAGAGUAGUGGGAAUAGCGGGAGUACGAACUGGAAUGCUUGUCAGCCGCGACCGAUCAUCACUCGCCAUGCGGUUAGUAUCGACGAGCGACGGAUUAAAUUCCAGCCUGUGCUAUUCGCCAACGAAUCGGGCAUCAAGCGUCGCCGACCGAUCAUAUACGAGCAGACCGAGGAAGUCUUCGCGGCAGACUCAGACGGUCCCGAAGACGAUGCACCAACAGACCUCGAAGAGAUCUACUUCGCAGGCGACCACAGCGACGUCGGCGGAGGUUGGCGACCGGACAGAGAAAACAACGAAACAUAUCCCACAUCGCACAUCCCGCUCGCCUGGAUGGUAAACGAAGCCGUGCGCGCAGGCCUGACCUUCGACGAGAAGAAAAUCGAGCAACUAACACCCGAUUUAUGGGAGGUGACAUCCCCAGGACAAACGCCCACAUCGCCAACAACCACAGAAACAACACUCUGCCAAGUCCAAGACACAGUCCGGACGGCAGAGACAGCCCAAAUCCACGACUCGCUCGAUUUCGACUCCGGAAAGGGCCUCACAACGUUCUUCUGGCGACUGUUGGAGUAUUUACCGUUUAAGAGACCCGCCGUUCAGCCUGAUGGGUUGAUCGUCAUGACCCGCUGGCACACCCAUGGUUUGCGACGGCCACUCCCGAAGCAGGCCAUGAUUCAUGGGAGUGUUGUAAGACGCUUGCGCAGGGAUCCGGAGUAUCGGCCGUAUAAUUUGGGGUUGGGGCUGAAGCUGAAUAUGCAGGAUCGGAGGGAGGAGGACCGGGAUAUUGGGAAGUGGAAGUGUGUUAGUGAGGAUGGGUUGAGGGAGUAUUGGGUUAGGGGUUGA